AUCGCAUCGUCGUCGCGAUUAAAAUAAAUAUUUGAUUUUUCCGCGCGAGCCACCGGCGAUGCUGCUGAGGAGGGUUUGUGAGCAGUUGCUACAUUUCCUCACCCCGUUCUACUACUGACCAACACCACCACCACUAGCAGUAGCAGCAGCAGUCGCAGCAGCAGCACAUCACUCACUCGAGGACACAGUCAGAGCGCGGACCAAGCAAAAGUGCAAUCGCAGACUGACCGGAGAGUCGGAGCAGAUCGAACGGAAAACUCACUCGUCGUCGUCGUCGUCGCGAGUCGUGUUGUGCAUUCUAGAGGAUUAGGGAUUGGCCAUCAACCUUCAUUAUCGGGCCAGAGUGUUUUCCCCCGGGGGUGAACAGAACAUUCACGAUUCGCGAUCAGUGGUAGCAAGAUCCAAAGUGAGACCAGAGUGUGUGUUUGGAAUUGCACGGAUAGUACUUUCCUAGGCGGUACGGACUCUAGAGAAGACCGUUUGCCCAGGCCCCAGGUCCCAAAGACCCAGGCCAAGGACCUCGAUCGGUCGGUGUGUGAUAUAAUAAGCGCACGUAGCCCCGGACACCCCCGGAGUGGGGGCCAUCGGUAUCGUCGGUGCAAAGCGGAAUCGCAAAACUCUCCCGGUGAUAUUUUUACAGACCAACCAAACCGACUGUAGUGUCCCCUUGUUGUACACCGUGCCGUGCAUAGUGAACACACACACACGCGCGCGCCCGUUCUGUUGACCAUUUUGUUUUUCCUCCGUGUGGAAAGUGACACAAUCGACCGCGGCUACUAUCGCUUUGUGACGCAGCAGAAGGAAAGGAAGAGGAGCAGCAGCAGCAACAAUGAGUCCGAAACCACACGAUUUCCUCGUGACCCUUCGGCGUCCUUCGCCACACGUUGCGUGGGGCAUUAGACUGGUCGGUGGAACCGAUCUGAAUGCACCCCUCAUCAUCACCCGGGUACAAGUGAACAGUCCGGCUCAGGCGGAGCUGCUCCGUGGCGAUAUUAUUACCAAAAUUGACCAGUACGAUGCGCGCGACCUCACGCACAACGACGCACAGAACCUGUUCCGCAAUGCCGGCAACCAGAUGAGGGUAACGGUGCGCCGCGACGAUGCGGUAGCCCUGCACCAGAGCGCCCAUCCGGUCAACGGGAAUCCGGUUCAAGCGCUGCCGACGACGUCUUCGCCGGCCCCGGGCAACUAUGCCAAGCCGUACCAACCGCAGCAGCCAUCGCAGUUGGCUCAGCCGUCGCUACCAUCGAAGGCGCAACCACACCAAAACUUCCCACCACCGGAUCCGGUCCAGCUGUUGCCAACGAUCAGUUCGCCGUUGCCCCACGGUCCGCAGGCCUAUGCUGCGGCACUGGAGCAUCCACUCGAGACGUUGCCACAUACCGUUUUCCCCGGUGUCGACGCAUCGGGAGCGUAUCAUCUGCCCAAGCAACCGUACCCACCACCGGCACCGAUCGGUUUGAACGAUGCUAGCGAAGCGAUUGCCAAUCAGCCGUACCGUACCACGCCACUUGUCCUGCCCGGUGCCAAGGUGCCGAAGAAGGAUACGCUCCCGACAGAGUCUUACCUCAGACACCAUCCGAACCCGGCCAUGCGUGCCCCACCGGCCCAUGACUACACAGACACACUGAUGAAACAGAAGCUCGCUGAAACCGUGAUUCAUCGAGUGAUUGGCGAUGAGCCAUCGACCGGUCCGAAGGUCGUGCACAAGCAAUUCAACUCACCGAUUGGUCUAUACUCGGAUAGCAACAUUGAGAACACCCUCCGACAGAGCGCCCCCCAGCAGCAGUCGCCAGCGGCCGUUCCAAUCUUCAUCGAUCUGUCCUUCCUGAAGCAAAAGCAAAAGAUCCUGGACGAGCAGCGACGGCUCGAGCAGGAACGGCAGCUCAACAAACAGUAUCCCUUCCCGUCGUACGUUGCGUCAUCGACGGCGUCUGGGCGCUCCUCGCGCCAGCAAACCUUGAGCCCUGUACCACCGGUUCCUCCCCUACCCGAGAUGUACCAACGGCACCAGUCGUCUUCGUCGGAUGGUCACUAGACGAUAAAUCGGCUCCUACAACGACAGAAGAAAGUUUUUUGUCGCCAAAGUCGAGAACGACAGCAUCAUCGUUUUCUCUCGAGCUAAAAAGCAACCAAACUAUUCAUUUCGUUAUUCAUUAACUGAUUGUAAACACACACUUCACCAAACUAACUGUACUGCAUGAGUGUUUGCUUUGACUUCAAUGUUAUCUCAUUUGUUUGUGAUGUUGUUUUUUGUUUACUUGUUAAGUCUUAAGCCAAGUGAUCUUGAACCAAAGGACCAAAUUUUGUAAAUUAAAUUAAUUCCAAACACCAAAGAAGACCUACUUUAGUAGAAGAUUUAGCAGUUUCUUAGUUUUUUGCUUCGUAUGUUAUUUGAUUGAACCGAAUGAAAUUGAAAGAUUUGUUAAUAAUGUUUGAUAAAUUUGCAAACUUUAUCCCUCGUGAAACUCUUCGUUAAAUCUAAUUUCGGACCAAUUUAGUUAGUUGUAUCGUUCGCACGGAAAGCGCAACGAAUGACGUGUUAAAGAAUGUGUUGUUAGAAUUCGGGUUUCAAAAUAUUAUCGAAACGCGCACCACAGUCAAUCACUUGUGUUUUAUAAAUUCCACUUUCGAUAAAUGACUGUUUUUCGUGUCACUCAAUUCGUUACAAAUGUGCGUCCCAUCGCUUUGUUGUUUGCUUUAUCGCUUACGUAAAACCAAAGCCCGUAUGCCGAAAUCCGCCACACGGUACGGUACGGUGCGCGCUCUCUUGGCGUCAGUCCGACCUGACCUCCACGAUCCGCAAAAAAACACCGUCAAACCAACGUUAACGGAGCGUUAAUUUUGUUCUUCUUUUUCUCUCUCCCUUUCCUCAUGUGCUCAUCUCUUCGACUGUUCUCAUCCCAUCCCACGUUCCUCUUGCCAUGCCAUUAAAAAUAUAUCUUUGUCCAUUUGUGAUACAUAUUCGUCGUGUGUCUGCUGCUCCUGUGUCCUUCUCUCUGCAAUUCUUUCGCGAAACCGGCGUGGCUCAUGUGUGCAAAAACAUAAAUAAAAACGUCCCUCCCUUCCCUACCCCCUUCAUCGACAAUGAAACCAACUGGUGGUGUCCGUUUGGUCGAUUGGCCAAAAAUAAAACAUUCAUUCUCGUGCCGUGCCGUGCCCUGCCAUGCCGUGCGUCCUGCGGCCAAUGUCCGACAAAUGAUCUUCUGACCACACACACGCAAAUCACGCCGUGACGUCUGCCGACGGUACCGAUCCGAUAGCUACAAGAAAACGGUAGUCUUUGAUCCGUGCAAGAGCGAAACGUACCGUGCGUUGCAGGAGGGAGCCGGUGAGGGUCUGCAGGAGGUACCGAACCCGAUUCAACCGAAGACCUUCCACGCGAAUCGUCUGGUGCCA